AUGUCAGCCAGUAUUAAACAACAAUCUCUUAGUCCUGUCCCGUAUAAUUCAUUCACGAAUGAUUUAUAUCAUCAUUACCGCUCGUCGACAUCAACGGGAGAAAAUGACGAAUUAACAUCGACGAGGAAUAAUCCUAUGGAAAGUUCAUCAGCAAUGCUAUUACAUGACAGUGAAAGAGGCUCAAUAUCACACGAAGAAAAACGUCAAUGCGCGGUGUGUAGUGAUGUUGCUUCUGGUUACCAUUACGGUGUAUGGAGCUGCGAAGGGUGCAAAGCAUUUUUCAAACGAAGCAUACAAGGUACAAAUGAUUACAUAUGUCCUGCGACAAAUACCUGUACGAUCGAUAAGCAUCGUCGGAAGAGUUGCCAAGCAUGUCGUUUACGACGAUGCUAUGAAGUUGGAAUGACUAAAGGUACAGCGCGACGGGAGCGAAAGUAUCGAAAGAAAGCUGUAUCGGUUUGUAAAAUAACCUCGACUUCAUCACAUUCGAAUGGAACAUCAAAUAAACCAGAUCAGAAUCAGGCGUUAUCGACAAUUCACGAACGAUUAUCAGCAACGACAACGCCGUCUGCUUCUCAGCCAAAUCCUACUACUAGUAACAAUAGUAAUGCAUUUGUUUCACCGCAAUCUCUACAAACCGCCAAGUCGGCACCGGAGCCAGCGCGGUCUACGAUCAAAACUCAUGAAUUUCUCAUGACUUUGUCACAAGCGUCACGUCUUAAUCUACCGGCUAAAAUCGAUCCAAACCGUCCGUUAGAUGAUCAAUACUUCCUUCAAUUACUAGCGAAAAUUUUCGACCAAGAAUUAGUUGUUCUCAUCAAUUGGGCAAAAGCAAUACCAGGUUACACAGAGACAUUAACACUUGAUCAACAAGUAACAAUGAUUGAACAUAGUUGGUUGGAUACUUUAAUUCUCGAUAUAAUUGAACGUUCACACGAGCGGAAUGAUGAUUCACUUCAAUUCGCCCCUGAUGUUAUCAUCCCACGUCAACGUGAAUUAUCAAGUCCGAUCUUAAGUUCAAUAUGUACAUAUUUACUGAAUAUUCUUCAAGUGUUUAAAGAGUCGCGUGCGACACACGAUGAAUUUAUCGCAUUGAAAGCGACGAUAUUGAUAAAUUCAAUUCCAGCCACGCUUUCAUCAACAAAAGCAUUUCGUGUUCUAACAAACCAAAUCUAUCAAACUGUACAAUACACAUGUGAUGCAAACCCAAGUGUUUACCAUGACAAUUCGUUACGUCACUUCACUCUUUUAUUACAGUUACCGCAUAUUAAGAUGCUAAGCACAAAAUUAAUGAAAUUGUUCUUAGAUAUGCGUAAUAAUGAUAUGUUACCACAGGCUGAUCUUCUAUUAGAAAUGCUCGAGGCUCAGGAUGCGUGCGACGUGUCCUUUACAAUGGAAAUCGAUAACUUAUCGUCGCAAACGAAAACAUACAAUCAAAACUCUACACUGCCACCUUCACCAUUCGCUAUUGAGAAUCCGCCAAUAUAUUCGAAUCAAUAUUCAGCCACCACAUCCAAUACCGAUCAUCUCCCGACUCUCGAUGAAAAACAUUCGUCAUCCGCACGGAUUCUUUCACAGUUUGAUCACGCAGAUACGAUUUCUUCAGCCAAUUCGAAACAUAUUCUAACUGAUGAGUCGUCAUUUUGA